CCCGGGGUGACGGAGGAGGCUGGGCGGGUGCUAGGCUGAGGAGCGCGCGGCUGGGCGUCCGCAGGCCCAGGGCCACCGUGGGACGACCGUGCCCGCGUCCAUGGGGGCCGCUGCAGCAGCAGAGGCUGCCCAGCCUAAACGGAGGCUGGGAAGGGCCUUCGGGUAGUGGGAGUGACCUCCGCGUUCCUAGGUCCGUGCUCCGCUCUCCAUACGCCCACCCUAGGCGCAGACCGCGACGCCACUGGAUGAUGCGCGCCCCAGGCCGCCGGGGAGACUGAACUAAGCCCGCCGCACCGCGCAGUCGCCGCGCUCUUGCGGCCGCGCAUGGCCCUUACGGGCGCCCAGGGGGCGACCCUUACGCCGGGAUCCCCGGCCCAGGUCGCCCCCGCUAGCGCCGCGUCCUCGUCGUCAGCCUCCUCGGGCGAUGCGUGCCCCGCGGGCGCCGGGCUGUGGGCCGCGCUCUACGAUUACGAGGCGCGCGGCGAGGACGAGCUGAACCUGCGGCGCGGCCAGCUGGUGGAGGUGCUGUCGCAGGACGCCGCCGUGUCGGGCGACGAGGGCUGGUGGGCCGGCCAGGUGCAGCGGCGCCUGGGGAUCUUCCCCGCCAACUACGUGGCCCCGUGCCGCCCGGCCGCCCGCCCCGCGCCGCCCCCCGCGCAGCCACCGAGACCCGGCUCGCCCGUGCACGUCGACUUCGAGCGGCUGGAACUCAAAGAGCUCAUCGGCGCCGGCGGCUUCGGGCAGGUGUACCGCGCCACCUGGCAAGGCCAGGAAGUGGCGGUGAAGGCGGCGCGCCGCGAUCCGGAGCAAGACGCGGCGGCGGCUGCGGAGAGCGUGCGGCGCGAGGCGCGGCUUUUCGCCAUGCUACGGCACCCCAACAUCAUCGAGCUGCGCGGCGUGUGCCUGCGGCAGCCGCACCUCUGCCUGGUGCUCGAGUUCGCGCGCGGCGGGGCGCUCAACCGCGCGCUGGCCGCCGCGCCCGAUCCGCGCGCGCCGGGUCCGCGUCGAGCGCGGCGCAUCCCCCCGCACGUGUUGGUCAACUGGGCUGUGCAGAUCGCGCGCGGCAUGCUCUACCUGCACGAGGAAGCCUUCGUGCCCAUCCUGCACCGGGACCUCAAGUCCAGCAACAUCUUGCUGCUGGAGAAGAUCGAGCAGGACGACGUCUACAACAAGACGCUGAAGAUCACGGACUUCGGGUUGGCCCGCGAGUGGCACAGGACCACCAGGAUGAGUGCGGCCGGCACCUACGCCUGGAUGGCCCCUGAGGUCAUCAGGUCCUCCCUGUUCUCCAAGGGCAGUGAUGUCUGGAGCUAUGGCGUGCUGCUAUGGGAGCUGCUCACGGGAGAGGUGCCCUACCGUGGCAUCGACGGUCUUGCUGUGGCCUAUGGGGUGGCUGUCAACAAGCUCACUCUGCCCAUCCCGUCCACCUGUCCUGAGCCGUUUGCCAAACUCAUGAAAGAGUGCUGGGAGCAAGACCCUCACAUCCGCCCGUCCUUCGCCUUGAUUCUCCAGCAGCUGACCGCUCUAGAAGAGGCCGUGCUGACCGAAAUGCCCCAGGAUUCUUUUCAUUCCAUGCAGGAUGACUGGAAACUGGAAAUUCAGCACAUGUUUGAUGAGCUGAGAACCAAGGAAAAGGAGCUGCGGUCCCGGGAGGAGGAGCUGGUUCGGGCUACUCUGCAGCAGAAGUCUCAGGAAGCUCUGCUCCGGCGCCGGGAGCAGCAGCUGGCAGCGCGUGAGAUCGACGUGCUGGAGCGAGAGCUGAACCUCUUGAUCUUCCAGCUGAACCAGGAGAAGCCACAGGUGAAGAGGAGGAAGGGCAAGUUCAGGAGGAGCCGCUUGAAGCUCAAAGAUGGACAUCUCAUCAGUCUCCCCUCAGAUUUCCAGCACAAGAUAACCGUGCAGGCCUCACCCAGCCUGGACAAGCGCAGGAGUCCGGACAGCAGGAGCCGCAGCCCGCCCAGCAGCCCUGCCAUGCUGCCCCGGCUGCGGGCCAUCCAGCUGACUUCGGAGGAGAGCAAUAAAACGUGGGGGAGGAACGCAGCCUUUCAGCAAGGAGAAUUUGGAGAUAUUGGAAGGAAUUUCAAGAGAAAGGGUUGUACGUGGGGACCAAACUCAGUUCAAAUGCAAGAAAGAGCCGAUAUCAGAGAGAGGAUCAGGCCUCUCUCGGAUGGAAACAGCCCUUGGUCGUUUCACUUAAUAAAAAGUCAGAAAUCCACGCCAUUGGCUUCGUUAUUUGUGGACCAGCCAGGGUCCUGUGAGGAGCCAGCCCCUUCCCCUGGCGGGUCCGAACGCAGAAGACCAAAGCCAGUGAAGGUGCCCGGACAGGCCUGCGUUGACCUGCCUCUUUGGAAAGAUGGUCAGAAAGAGAAGCUGGCGGAGGCUGAGAGCCAAGAGGAGGGGCCCCCGGCCAGCCCUGCCACGGGCUCCUCUCGGGUGAUGCCUGUGGCCAGCCUGCAGGGACCACCCCAGAGAAGGAAAACAGACACGGCCUUGUACAGGUGCACGGCGUUGCUGGCCUCGGUGGCUUUGGGGCUGGAUGUCAGGGACCUUGGCAGAGCGCAGGCUGCUGAAGAACCGCUGCCCAGGGAGGAGAAGAAGAAGCGAGAGGGGCCCCUGCAGUGGGCCACCAGGUCCCGCACGAGUGCCAGCCCACCCCCGAGGCUGCCGAGCCCCUCCGCCUCGCUGCCAGGCGCUCCCGGCCCUCCCUCCACACCCUCUCUGGCCACCAGGUGCUGGCUGCAGACAGACGGCCGCGAGCCACCCGAGGGCAGCAUGCGUGUCCCUGGGGACCCCGAGGUGCCUGCUCCGGAUUUCUGUCCCUCCACUCUGGGCUGCAGCUGUGAGCCCAGCCCUGUGCCAGGGACUGAGGCUGGUCACACUGGGCUGCAUGGCGCUCCUCCUCUCUGGGAGCAGGCACGUGGGGACGCGCCUCGUUCCCCAGAAGACAGAGCACGGCAGAGCGGACGACCUGCAUCUGGGGAGAGAGCUUCUCCGACCCCAAGUGCUCCUGGGGCCUCUGAACUGCCACCUCCGGCCUCCCCUGGCCCUGCUUGCGACUCACAAAGCGAGGUCCCUCCUGAGCAGCAGCCAGCUGUCAUGGUCAUGCCUUGGCCGCCCCCUGCUUCCUCAAGAAGCCCAUCCAAUGUGCCACAGGCUGUCCCACCGAGGGCAGGGUCCCUUCCUGCGUGGGUGGUUGAUGGUGGCCACACAGGACCAGGCCCCACCUGCCUUCUUGGUGCCCAGGACAAAACUAGGUUCCAGGCACCGUCCUUGCUGGACGCCGAUGUGGAAGGGCCAACCAGGGAGGGCAUAGUGCCCCUGUGCGGUUUGCAGAGUGCGGCUCGCCCAUCGGCCAUCUGUGCCCUGGAGAGGAAGUUUCUGACCUAGUGCCACUGCUGUUCUGGCAUUUGCCCCCAAGACCUCGCCUGCACCUUUAGUGUGUAUCCAGCUGCUGUCCUCGAAGCUGUGGCCUGGAGACUCUGUGACAGAAUCACAGCUGGAACGUGCUGGUGCUCGAGUGAGGCUAGCCUGUGGACGUCCUCUGAGGCGGCCUCUGCCCUCUUCAGCAGCUGUGGAUGGGUGUCCAGGAGCAGCAACCUUUUCGUUCUCCAGUGGAGUGUUGAAAACACCAGUCACACGUGCCCACUGUGCUCACAGACAUCACCUGUUACAAACAUUCAUGUCACCGGGCUUCACGUUUCUUGGUUAGCCCAGGGUCAUCCCAGCCCAAGCACCCUAACCCCUGCCAACGCAGGAGGGAUGGUGGUGCUGGAAUGUGAGCCCUGUGUCCUCACUCCACCUGGUGCUUACACGGAUGAUCUUAUAGUCAUAAAAUCAACCACCGGGUUACAGGGUCAGGAAUGGCUCAGCAGGAGCUCAUGGAUUUGCCUAAGUUUCUCAUCCCUUCUGUCCCUGGAUUGUGUCAUGUAGAAGACAGACAGUAGAUAUUAAAGUCUUUUCAUACAAUGAAAAACUAAA